CAUCAGCAGCAUGGCGGCACGCGGGGCAGGAAUUCCGCCUAUGCGCCGCUCGCAGCGUCGUUGACGGGGGCAACGCGGAGGAUGACCGUCCUGUAGCGGAGCGGAACUGUUGCCCGGCUACGAGCGGCUCUCCCCGGGCUGAAGCGACCAGCUGUGAGCGGGGCCUCCCCCCUCCAGAGGCACAGCUGUCCUGGACCCGCGGCUCCAGUGUUUCCCCCCCCCUGAUGCUCUAACUUGGAGCGGAGCCCGAGUUUGCCGCUGAAGUCCGCGCUGGGUUGAUCCGGAGCAGCAGGACGAUGGAUCUGCUGGAGGUGCUGCGUCUGGACGAGCUGUCCCACGGCUUGGCCAACUUGUCCAUGUUCCCCUACUUCGAGCUGUCGCACUACGUCGUGUCAAUCAUGGCUCUGCGGGAGCAGCCAGGAGCUGUGGAGGUGUCCAGGGUCAGCCCCUUGGCCUGCUGGUUCAGCUCCAUGCUCUUCUGUUUCGGUGGAGCCGUGCUCUCUGGGAUCAUGCUGGCCGAGCCACCGGUCGCUCCUUUGUCCAACAGCACCAGCGUCCUGCUCGCUUCCGUCGUCUGGUAUCUGGUGUUCUACUGCCCCAUGGACCUGGUGUACUGCUGCGCCGCCCUGCUGCCCCUCAGGCUGGUGCUGUCAGGAAUGAAGGAGGUGACCAGGACGUGGAAGGUCCUCGGAGGAGUCACUCAGGCACACAACAAGUACAAAGACGGCCUGCUGGUUAUGAUUGCUGUCGGCUGGGCCAGAGGUGCUGGAGGUGGUCUGAUAAGUAAUUUUGAGCAGCUUGUUCGAGGCGUGUGGAAACCAGAGACAAACGAGCUUCUCAAGAUGUCUUACCCCACGAAGAUCACCCUGAUUGGGGCGGUGCUGUUUGCCCUGCAGCAGACCCACUACCUGCCUGUCCAGAAGCACCACCUCAUGCUCAUUUACACCGCCUUUACCGUCGUCAACAAGUCGAGGAUGAUGCUGACCGGCUCCUCCACCUCGCCCUUCGCCGCCAUCGAGUCCGUCAUCUACAAGACCCUGUUCAGCGGCUCCUCUCCGUACGCCGCCAUCACCGGCGAGGCGAGGGAGACCUGCGCCGACGGCGGCGCCAAGAGCAGGAAGACCUCCACCAAAGAGUCCAGAGCGAACGGGGCGGCGGAGCAGCAGAGCCCGCCCUCUCCCGUCAGCGGCCAAAGCAGCUCGGUCGAAACCAAAGAGGAGUCGGAGAACGACAAGAAGACCAACUAGUCGUCUCUCUUUCCCGCCUUUUCUCCUCCAUCAGGGUUGUGGAGUCGCACAUGAUUCAGAUUUGUCAUGUCAGGAGCUCACCUAUAAGCUUUGUGUUCUAUUUUUCCUCUCAUUUUCAAAAAAGAUUCUUUUCUGUGUCUUGAAGCCGACUGAAAUUAGCCUCCACUCAGAGCAGACCGGGUGAAGCCUGCGCCUCAUUCUGGGAUCAUCACCCCACCCUUAAAGUACUGUAAUAUCCACGCUGCUGGAUGUGAACAUCAAACCAUCCUUGGCCUGAUUGCACACUUGCAGUACAGAGUGUAGCGCCAUCUUGAAUACAUAUAUAUAUUUAUAUUUAUACUGAAAAACAAACAGUUGAUCCUCAUAUUUCUUGGUUCAGGGACCAGUGCUGUGCACCUGCCGAUCUACGAUUGUACGUCUUUCUCUCUGUGUAUCUUCUGCUUCAUGUAUAUGCUGAAUUUCUUACUCUGGAACGAUUACAUUUAUAAAGAGAAAUUAUAUUCUAUGACAUGCAGGUAUUUUCUUCUAUUUAUACUAAUUGCACUCCUGAAUGUAUGACGCGGAACACAGUUGUAGUCUGGUUCUCCGGUGAAUGCUUUGAAUGAAAACUGAAUGCAUGAGAAU